AUGAACUCCCCAGUUGUCGGGGUCCUGCUUGGCACCCUGCUGGGGACUGCCUUGGGAAACUAUAUGAGGUGCUAUGACUGCAAAGGAGGCCCUAGCAGCUCCUGCAAAGAAACCGUGGCCACCUGCAGGGAAGGAGAGCGGUGUGGCUUCCUGGAGCGCAAACCCCAGCCAAGCCUGGGACAGAACAAGCUAUCUGGAAACCCCUCAGUGACCUUGAUUCAUCACUAUCCAACCUGCGUGGCGGCCCAUCAUUGCAAUCAAGUGGAAACAGAGUUGGUGGGAGAUGUGACUUACACAACCCACAGAGACUGCUGUGUCGGAGACCUGUGCAACAGCGCCGUGGCAAACACUGUGGCCCUGCCAUGCUUCCUGGCUACAACAGUUACCACACUGGCCUGGCUUUUGCCAGUAUUGUAA